AUGGAUGGGAUGGUAUAAUUCAUAAAUAUUUAGGUGAAACAUUUCACACUGAAUGCAAACCCAAAAAAGAGAUUUUACUAUAAGAGCAGAAGGGAAAUGGAAUAAAAAAUUUCGAAUGUAGAAGGAUUGAAUUGA